CUCGCCCUGUGCCGCAAUGUCUCACUCGCUUCCGUAUGCCAAGUAUUCGCUCAUAAAACCCCUCUCUCGUAUAUAUAGCGAUACUUUCAUCGUGACGCUCGCAUUCGCUCGCGCACCAAUACACACUACACGCCUUUACAUACUUGUUGUUCACUUCAAGCCAACCGAAAUAGAUAACUACGAAUCAUGGCCGACCGUGGAAUAUCGCGCCUAGGGCAGUCAUCUUAUAACUCACCCUACUCACGCACCGGUGCCCCAUCGCCGCACCCUAACACGGAUAUAUACGCUCCGUUGCGCAAAAAAGCACUCUCGAAACUUGAAGCCAUGGGCUAUGAUCCGCAGACUAUGGUCGAGCAGGGUGUCCUAUGGGCCGAACACCAGGAUCCAUUCGGUCACGUCAUGCAAGCCCAGUACAUGUCCUAUCUCGGGUCUUGCUUUCAUCGCGUUAUGGAGAGUUAUGACGACUACCUUUCUCCAGAGGAAUACGGCGGCGUGAUUAACGGAAAGACCGUUGUACCUGUAGUACGGAAAUACGAGCUGGAGAUUCGCCGGCAGGUCAUGUACCCUGACACACUGAUUGUCGCCUGGCUGCACCAAAGCAUUGAACCGACUAGAGUCACUGGCAUUGCAUCUCUGUUCUCCCUCCAACAACAAGCUAUAGUUGCCGAGGUUAAGGGAAUUGGCACCUACAUGGAUGUCAAAAGUGGUCGCCCAGUGGAUAUUCGCACCCUUGGUGGUGGGUGGCCUAGUCUCUUUGAAGCUUUCACCGAGAAGUCUUCCAAAGCGAGAGCGCUCCAGGAAAAGUGGGCAAGAGAAAACCCCAAAGAUGCAGAUCGAGUGAGGAGAUCAGAUUCUAAAAUCUAGAUUACCAUGCACGAUUCCUCUUGUCACUACCUUAUUGUCUGAUUUUACUUGAUUCUUGUUAUAAGUUGGAAAGAAUGCAUUUGAGGAUCACCCUUGAAAACUCCCGUUCGCAGUCUAUAGUUCUCAUAAUGCACAAGUACUGUCGCAGACUCCAUGUCCCCAAGUCACCUGGCAUCUCGCUGGACGAGGUGGGGAACGAAAAACACAAAUUAAAAUAGAUGAAGGGCUUGUAAAAGAUUAUCUCAUGAGUCAAAGCUACUCGACGCAGUUCUUCUGGCUAUUCGUCAUCCUUAUGCUCGCUGCGCACUGCAGCAUCAACUCAAUUGAAUUUGCACGCACUUUUCCUAC